AUGGAGGAUUGGCGGACUGUUGUUAGUCUCAUGACACCGAACUUUUGGAUGGCUUCGGUGGAUCUUGAGGACGCGUAUUUGCUGGUUCCGGUGCAUCCUUCCCAUAGACGAUUCCUUUGCUUCCGAUGGCGAAAUAUAGUCUACGAGUUUACGUCUCUGCCUUUUGGCCUAUCCACGGCGCCUUACAUCUUUACGAAGAUUGUGCGCCCCGUGGUCAGAGUGUUGCGAGCAAAGGGGUUUCCGUCUGUCGUAUACCUCGACGAUUUUCUGCUCUUAGGAGAUUCAAAGGAGAGUUGCCAGAAGAAUGUUCGUGAAACACUGGACUUACUCUCGUCUCUAGGCUUUCUCAUCAAUUAUUCUAAAUCGGAGCUCGUACCCUCUUCCAAACGCAAAUAUUUAGGCUUCAUUUUCGAUUCCGUUCAACAAUCGGUAUCUAUCCCACCUGAUAGGCGGCGACGUCUUCGAACGCUAAUACUGAACAUGUCGCGUAAAUCUCGGUGCACUAUCAAAGAGUUCGCAAGCAUGCUUGGUUCACUUAUAUCUGUCUGUCCUGCAGUUCUGUAUGGACUUCUAUAUACAAAGAGGUUUGAGCGACAGAAGUUUUUGGCUCUGGAGGCCCACGCUGGGGAUUUUGACCAGCAGAUGUCAAUUCCAGUUUUCCUUAAAGAAGACUUCGAUUGGUGGCUUCGAAUUUUUUCUGACAAAAAUCAGAAUAAUACAAUCCGUUUGAGCGCUUACGCCCGUGAAAUAUUUUCCGAUGCAUCUCUAACCGGCUGGGGUGCUGCAUGUGGAGACCAGCGUACACACGGCUGGUGGAUAGCCGACACUAGGACCCUCCACAUUAAUGCGCUCGAAUUGUUGGCCGCAUUUUAUGCUUUGAGAUGCUUCGCGAUGGAUCUCCGGGGCUGCAACAUCCUUCUUCGUUUAGACAACACUACUGCCAUAGCAUACGUAAAUAAAUUUGGCUCGGUCCAGUAUCCACUCCUGUCCGAUAUCGCUCGAGACAUUUGGAAAUGGUGCGAGGAGUGCAAUCUUUAUCUCUUCGCUUCAUAUAUCGCUUCCGUCGACAAUGUUAUUGCAGAUGCGGAAUUGAGAGUCCCGGAUACCGAUACUAAGUGGUCAUUAUCUAGUCAGGCGUUUAAGCGAAUUGAUAGAGACUUUGGCCCCUUCGAUAUAGACUUGUUUGCAUCAGUGGGACCGUCACCCGGAGUGGAGAAACCUUUCCCUGGCAGCAGGGAGGUUAUCAGGGAGGCCUUCCAAUUGCAGGCCGUCCCUCCAGCAGCUCUAGACACACUUCUCGCUUCACUCUCUCCGGGUACGAUUAAACAAUAUACUCGACCUCUUCGAAGCUGGUGGAUGUUUUGCCAGAAAAAUCAGAUAUCGCCCUAUGUGCCGGAACUCAACCAGGUUCUGGAUUUUCUUUCUCAGGAGCUCCAGCACGUGGGAUCCUACUCGACCCUGAACAAUAUACGCUCAGCAGUUUCUCUCAUUUCUACUACUAUGAUCGGUAAUCAUUCGUUGAUUAAGCGCUUUUGUAGAGGUGCGAGUGUUCUUAAACCGCAAAAACCUCGAUACGAUUUCGUAUGGGAUCCUGCACCAGUUAUCGCGAAACUAGCUACCAUAUUUCCGUAUUCUUCCGUGUCGCUGGCCACUAUUUCUAAGAAGUUAACGCUGCUCCUCGCGCUCGGCUCUGGUCAGCGUGCUCAAACAAUAUCAGCUAUUAAGAUUUCGCACAUAUCUUUUUCUCCUGAUAAGGUUAUCAUUCGUAUACCAGAUCGCUUAAAGACGUCAGUCCCCGGUCGAUCGCAACCGCUACUUACCUUCCCCCGGUUCUUACAGUGCUCAGAGCUAUGCAUUGUCUCUCUUCUCGAACAUUACAUUAACAUCACCGAGGGUCUUCGUGCACCCGAUUGCGACGCUUUAUUUCUAGCUUACACGAAACCCCAUAAAGCUGUAGGGGUACAAACGAUCAGUCGUUGGAUUCGCGCGGGACUAGAAGAUUGCGGAGUACAGGGCGAUUUGUUUUCUGCUCAUAGCACUCGUCAUGCAUCGACCUCGCUAGCCGCUCGAAAUGGAGUGGCUCUGGAUAUCAUUAAACGGGCUGCAGCCGGGUAUACUGUCAUACACAUGCAGUUUGGAACCGUCAAAGAAAAUGCACCGCCAAUGAUCGGUACAAUUCCCUCUAAUUAUUUGAAUGCUCAUGUCGCUAUUACUAGCGUCAAUGAGCUGAGGAGAUUCCAGUCAUCGACUUGCACUUCUACUCAGAACCAUCCUCAUUCCACUUUCGUGUACAUCAUCAACCUGCUUGUCCGAGAAAAUAAUUGUCUCACCAGUAGCAGUUAUAUGUCCUCCGGCGCCAGUCCAGCGCAUCUUACUAAUGCCAAUUGGACACGUAAAUUGCACACCGUUCAGUCGGACUCCGUUCAGUCGGACACACCGCUCAGUUGGACACCGUUCAGUCGGACACCGCUCAAUCGGACACCGUUCAAUCGGACACCGCUCAAUCGGACACCGCAAUCGGACACCGUUCAAUCGGACACCGCUCAAUCGGACACCGCUCAAUCAGACACCGCUAAAUCGGACACCGCUAAAUCGGACACCGUUCAAUCGGACACCGCUCAAUCGGACACCGUUCAAUCGGACAUCGCUCAAUCAGACACCGUUCAAUCGGACACCGCUCAAUCGGACACCGUUCAAUCGGACACCGCUCAAUCGGACACCGUUCAAUCGGACACGUAA